AAAAAAAUUUAGUCUUUUUUAGGGUUAAACAUCAGAAGACAAGCUUGCGCUGGUUCGGCCAAUCAGAUACGCCCCUGCCAGCUAUAAUAUAGCACCGAGGACAGCCUGUCUCACAAGCUCUCCAGGCUUGCUACCAUUGAAAAUCAGACUCUUUUUGUCUUUUGAUUGCUGUCUCGGGCCCCAACUCCGAUGUGUUCCGUUAUCAGCGCCCAGCAGCCUGCCGAGCCGGCCCCCGUCUGGGUGGGGAUUGCCGGCCAGUCCCCCGCAGCAGCGGCGGGCAAGGUGAUAUAGGAAGAGAAGGAGCCCGCGGAGCCAGAGGGCGCCCGCAGCGGGCCGGAGCCAGCGAGAGGGCGCAGAGGCUCACGCUCGCACGCCCGCCACGCACGCCCGCGCAGGAACGGCUCUGAAGCCACCGGGCUGCACGGACGAGAUGCUGCUGUUGGCGAGAUGUCUGCUGCUGGCGCUCGUCUCCUCGCUGCUGAUGUGCUCGGGGCUGGCCUGCGGACCCGGCAGGGGAUUUGGGAAGAGGCGGCACCCCAAAAAGCUGACCCCUUUAGCCUACAAGCAGUUCAUCCCCAACGUGGCCGAGAAGACCCUGGGGGCCAGUGGAAGAUACGAGGGGAAGAUCUCAAGGAACUCGGAGAGAUUCAAGGAGCUCACCCCCAAUUACAACCCUGACAUCAUAUUUAAGGAUGAAGAAAACACCGGAGCAGACCGGCUGAUGACUCAGAGGUGCAAGGACAAGUUGAAUGCCUUGGCCAUCUCAGUGAUGAACCAGUGGCCAGGUGUGAAGCUGCGGGUGACGGAAGGCUGGGACGAGGACGGCCACCACUCAGAGGAGUCGUUGCACUAUGAGGGCCGUGCAGUGGACAUCACCACGUCAGACCGCGACCGCAGCAAGUACGGCAUGCUGGCACGCCUGGCCGUGGAGGCCGGCUUUGACUGGGUCUACUACGAGUCCAAGGCGCAUAUCCACUGCUCUGUGAAAGCAGAGAACUCGGUGGCAGCCAAAUCCGGCGGCUGCUUCCCGGGCUCGGCCACGGUGCACCUGGAGCACGGCGGCACCAAGCUGGUGAAGGACCUGAGCCCCGGGGACCGCGUGCUGGCGGCCGACGACCAGGGCCGGCUCCUCUACAGCGACUUCCUCACCUUCCUGGACCGCGACGACGGCGCCAAGAAGGUCUUCUACGUGAUCGAGACGCGGGAGCCACGCGAGCGCCUGCUGCUCACCGCCGCGCACCUGCUCUUCGUCGCGCCGCACAACGACUCGGCCGCCGCGGAGCCCGAGGCGCCUUCGGACGCGGGGCCGCCGCCGGGGGGCGCGCCGGGGCGCCGGGCGCUCUUUGCCAGUCGCGUGCGCCCGGGCCAGCGCGUGUACGUGGUGGCCGAGCGCGGCGGGGACCGCCGGCUCCUGCCGGCCGCCGUGCACAGCGUGACGCUGCGCGAGGAGGCCACGGGCGCGUACGCGCCACUCACGGCGCAGGGCACCAUCCUCAUCAACCGGGUGCUGGCGUCGUGCUACGCGGUCAUCGAGGAGCACGGCUGGGCACACUGGGCCUUCGCGCCCUUCCGCCUGGCGCACGCGCUGCUGGCCGCUCUGGCGCCCGCGCGCACGCACCGCGGCGGGGACGGCGACGGCGGGGGCGGGGGCUGCGUCCCCCCGCCCGCGCCAGGUGCGGCCGACGCGCCGGGCAUCGCGGGCGUCCACUGGUACUCGCAGCUGCUCUACGAAAUAGGCACCUGGCUCUUGGACAGCGAGGCCUUGCACCCGCUCGGCAUGGCGGUCAAGUCCAGCUGAAG